GGAAUGAAUACUAAUGAGGAAGAUGGCGGCGGAGGGAGGUGGGAAGGAGGCGAACGAAAUUAAAGCUCAAUUCAGCACACGGGAGGGCGUCUAUAAACUCUUGCCGAACUCCGAGUACAGCCGGCCGAACCGCGUGUCGUUCAACUCGCAGGGCUCGAACCCGGUGAAAGUCUCGUUCGUGAACGUGAACGAUCAGUCCGGUAACGGCGAGAGAAUCUGUUUCAAUGUGGGCCGGGAGCUUUACUUUUACAUUUAUAAAGGCGUCAGGAAGGCCGCUGACUUGAGCAAACCCGUAGACAAGCGGAUAUAUAAGGGAACGCUUCCCACGUGUCACGACUCCAAUGCUCUGACAGCCACGGCGGAGAGCGUCUCGCUGCUGGUGGGCUUUUCUGCAGGGCAAGUACAGCUCAUUGACCCCAUCAAAAAGGAAACCAGCAAACUCUUUAAUGAAGACAGACUAAUCGACAAGUCGGCGGUGACGUGUUUAAAGUGGGUGCCGGGUUCAGAGCACCUGUUCCUGGUGGCUCACAGCAGUGGAUGUUUGUACCUGUACAAUGUGGAGCACACCUGUGGAACGACUCCGCCGCAUUACCAGCUCCUAAAGCAAGGCGAGAGCUACGCCGUUCACACCGGCAAGAGCAAAUCGGCCCACAAUCCUCUCCUCCGCUGGACGGUGGGCGAAGGCGCGGUUAACGAAUUCGCCUUCUCGCCCGACGGGAAGUUUCUGGCCUGUGUCAGUCAGGAUGGAUUCCUUCGCGUCUUCAGCUUUGACGCGACAGAGCUGCGAGGCACAAUGAAAAGCUACUUCGGUGGGCUACUGUGCGUUUGCUGGAGCCCGGACGGACGAUUCAUCGUAACCGGCGGGGAAGACGAUCUCGUUACGGUCUGGUCGUUUUCGGACGCCAGGGUCGUCGCUCGCGGACGAGGGCACAAAUCGUGGGUGAGCGUCGUUGCGUUCGAUCAUUGCAUCACUAGCGUUCAGGAUUGCAAAGUGCUGGCGGAGUUUAGCGGAAGCGACGAAGACUUCCAUGACAACGCGCAAUUCAACGGAAAUCGCAAACGUGCGAAUAGCGCGCAAUCUGGACUAUCCAAACAAAACUCUACGAACGGUAGCGUGACGUACCGGUUUGGCUCGGUCGGCCAGGACACUCAGCUAUGCUUAUGGGACCUUACAGAAGACGUUCUGUUUCCGUUAUCCAGAACGAGGACUCAAACGAAUGCAAUGAGCGCGGAAACCGGCACUAAUGGAAACAAUAGCGCGAACUCUUCGUUACCGCGCUCGAAUAGUUUCAGCAGCAGCCCGAACAGCAACAAACCGGCCAGCAUCGUAGACAGCGCUUUGAUCGCGACAGGCGUCGGCAAAUUCGCGACGUUAGCUUUGCACGAAGCGCGUAAGGAGCGGAAUCAGGAAAAGGAGCACAAACGCAAUCACAGCAUAAGCUACAUCAGCAACAAGAGCAGCGACAAGCUCAACCAGAUCAUCGGCACGCGAGCGGCUAAAACGGACACCGCGAAGAUGCUGGGAACGACCUCGUGUCCGCGCAUGGAGGAAAUCCCGCUGCUGGAGCCGCUGGUUUGUAAGAAAAUCUCCCAUGAGAGACUCACGGUGUUGAUUUUCCUCGAGGACUGUUUGGUCACUGCCUGCCAGGAGGGAUUCGUUUGCACGUGGGCGCGGCCUGGAAAAGUGGGUCUGUUGUCAUCCCAAAACCAAGACAACUCUCCCAGCGGGACGGUCGUAUAGCUGGACCUUCAGACGCAUUAUAUCAUGUUUGCUGAGGAACACGCAUUUAUUAUUCACGCCGAAGCCUGUCAAGAUCAUAUUUCACCCUAAAAUAUUUUGCAUAAACAAAAUGAAGCCUAUUUUUAGGACCGUAAAGGUUUUAUGCAUUAUUUUCAUGACAAUUAAACACAUUUUCAGUCUAAUUCUUGUUACUGUGAUGCAAUAUAUUGCGAAGUACAACUGUAAGUACCAUAAUAGUAUAUAAUGUAUGCUGAGUUUAAUUAAAAGCAAAAUAAUUCUGUCCAAACGGUGGUUUUCAAUACUGUAUUACAAUGUUUUUCACUAAGCUACUGAUAAUUGGGGAAAUAUGUGUAAUUGUCUUGAAAAUAAUGAAAACGAAUGAUCAUUUGGGGUGAAAUAUGAUGUUCUCUGCAGGUUUUGAGAAUCAAACUGAUGUUCAGUGUUUUCAGUAAUUAGUUUCGUUCCCACUUGGGUCGUUUGUCUUGCUGUAUUUCAGAGCUCAGAACAAACAGACAGUCCGAAGCUGUUUUGCACUGAUUGUUGAAACUGUGUUUUUCUCAUAAUUGCAUUGGAACAAAAGCGGAUGCGUUUCGGUAACGGCGUGAUGCUUCGCUCCAUCAGCGCUGGAUGCUGCAAUCAUACUUCUGUUCAAGAGUGAAAAAUAAUUUGCACUAAAUAAUUAGAAGAAAAUGGCUUUACAAAUGAGUCGUAAAGGACUCCCUGGAAAUGCUGUAAAAGUAUAAAGAGAACUAGAUAUCUUUUCUGAACAUUUAUUUUAAUAUUGUUUCAAAUGAAACGGGUUAUUGUACAAUGUGUAAAUAUUGUAAAUUACGGAUUUA